UUUGUUAGUCUGAGUAAAAGCCUUUUCCUAGCUUCUUGGCAAACAGUUGGAGGACGUUCAGCCGUCGAGUACACAUCGAUUAAAGAAGUCCUCUUCGACGGGAUUGUGCCAAGCUAAAAGUCUUCUGCACCAAAUUCUCAAAGAAAUUAAAAUGCAACUGCUUCCAGUCUCUCUCGUUUGUCUUACUUUGACGACAUCCAUUUUCCUGGCUGAUGGGGGUACUUUGGGAUCCACUGACUAUCUGGAACCCCAAAUACGAGAAGAUACGUUAGCGGAGCUUAAACAGACCGUGGAAUCGCUCAAGACGACCGUAGGCUCGUUAACCAGACAAAUGAUCUUACAGCAAUUGUUCGUGGAGGAAAGAGUAAGAUCUGAUGCUGAUUCUGGUGUGAAGCAAGUUCGACAUGUUCGAGAUGGCACCCAAAACUACCACUCGCAGUCCCACGGUAGUGCAACCCGUCUUGUCGCCAUCCAUGACCAUUCUAACAAUGAUCGUACUGUAGGUUUGGGAGAGUUUGUUGCAGUCCUCAACGGGGUAGAGUUCCGCACAAGACACAAUGACUAUCGCUUGUACAUGCCUCACAGGACCAGCAAGGAGUUACAUGCAGUAGAGGACAUUCCUUUCCCAGACGUUCCACCAGAGGUUACGAGCAAGAAAACUGUCAGUUUAGAGAUUGAAGAAAUGCGUGAAUGGUUCAAGGCAUGGAAAGACCAAGACUACAGUGUCAGAGACUAUCGCAAGUACUUCAAACCUGUGCUGUGCUAUCUCGAGGGAGCUUGGACAGCAGCAUCAGAAGGCAAGAUCGAUGAACCGUUCGAAAGUGACAGGCAUUUUGUAGACGCAUCCAGCUGGUUUGACCUGCAAGAGAAAGUUCGAUUCACUUCUUACGCCGGUAGAAAAGACAACUUGGAGAACUUCUCGUUUCUUCCCACCGCAGUCAUGAACAUCACAGAUGAAGAUUUGCCUGAAUUUGCCCAGUGGAACUAUCGCAUCCUUUGCCAUCCACUCAGCAGAGAUGUUCCUCUAAACCGCCUACGAGUAGUUGAUGAAGUUGCACCUCGAAUGGCAGGGAGAAGAACCUACGACGAACAUUCUGUGACACGUGCUGCUCGCUUCCAACUCAAUCCUUAUGACGAAGACAAGUUCACAGAACGCUUUCAGAGAGCAAAGUUUGGACUUCUUGACGARCUUAUGGCAGAGAUUCCUGGACAAGACAACUAUCCAGGUGAAUUGUAUGAUGACGCGUUUGGUUUAACAGCCUAUUCCUUGGCUCCAGAAAAACAAGACCAAAAGCUCAGAGCAGACAGAUAUCAUCGGUGGUUCAGAGUUGCCGAACCCGAUGCAAUGGGCACAUCCAUUAGACAUCGUGCCUUUGCUGACCAAAAUCUUUUCAUGGCCAUGAACACACAACCCAAGGUUCGAGGCAUGACUCUCAACAGAUGCAAAGGUGAAGAUGAAGACAAGGUCUGUAACACUUGGCACCAAAAAUGGUCGUAUGCCAUCCCCCUAGAGAUCAUCUACCUUACUCCCUUAAGCAAGUGGAAUCCAUACGACAUUGAGUUCAAGGGAAAAGACGGCAAGGGCUAUGCCAAUACAGUUACGGCCAAUGGAAGAAAUGGCGACUUGAUCAAAGAGAAAGCAUUCAAUGGCACAAACAGCAGGAAGUUUUACCGUACUCCAAUGGAGUUCUUUGCAGGGAACGAAGUUGAAGCGGAUGCUGCUGAUACAACUAAGAAUUCUGUUGGAGUCUUGGACAAAAAGGGUGACAUGAGGAUCUGUAAAGCAACUGGGACAAGAAUCUUCUUUCCACCAAUCGGAGACCUCGGUAUUCUACGUCAACGCUAUCCCAUCAUGCCCAUACACGGCGAAGGAAGUGCUGUGUGGAAGGAACUGAAUGCAUUGAAAGACAUGGUUCUCAAGUCCAAGACAAAUGGCUAUAUAUUCAGGGAACCACUUCAAAGUGGGCCAGCACCAACAGAACCUCCAAAUAAAGACACGAGGCUUCAGGUUCAACUGUCUACGUCCAAAGUUCUUGUGCCCCAUACACAUGAAAUAUUGCUAACUUCUGAUGAGGUCAGUUUUGCAAAGGCAGGAGGGUUAGUGAACGUGAUCUCUUCAACUGCCUCAGCCCAUGAGCAUUCAAUGGCCGUUAAGUGGAGUAAGUCCAAUACACGUUUUGUCAUUCAGUCAUGCGAUUCCUCUGACACCGGAGCUAAAAGGUGCUGGGAUUUGCAUCCUGCUAUUCUUGUUAUCAUGCCAGACCAGUAAGAAGACAGACGACUGAUAGCAAGCUACUAAAAGCUACUGAGAAAUAAUACUAAGGCAUUGAUUUUUUCUUCCAAGAAAGCUCAAAUGGUUAAGGGUUUGAGCAAAUAAAACAUUAAGUAUAUAAUAUGCUUGAUAUUAAACACGAAUAGUACGAAUAAAUUAUGGGCAUUUAAAGGCA